AAAACACAAAAGUACCAAAAAGGGAGUUUUGGAGUGAGAAAUACCAGCUAGAGGAGAAAAAGGGUGGGUUCUAGAGAGAGAAACUGCCGGAAAUUGCUCCACACUCCGGCCAGUCUUGACUCUUCCCCUUCUAGAUAUAGAAUCAAAGUGAAACCCGCAAAUGCAGUGAGCACUUGUAAAUAGUUCGCAUAUCGGGGAUUAAAAGAAGGGUGAGAAAGAGCUUGGCUUUUAUGAAUGACCCCAAAAUGCGUGAAGCAGCAGCACUACUCUUUGAUGAGUUCAACGACGUCGUUUCCGGCGGCAAGAAGAAGAAAUCGGAGGUGGACAAGCUAGGUAGAGAGACCCAGAAACCGUCUCAACUUGUCGGCGUAGGCCGUAGCCGAUACCAAGCCGCUACGCGGAGGGUGACGCCGACCACCUUGACGACCUCGCCUGCCUUGACCGCCAGCGUGGCGUCAGCUUCCGCCUCCGAAGUCGAGAAGGCCCUCCCGAACGGCGAUCUCUACAUGGGGAGCUUCGCCGGGAGCGCACCACACGGAUCCGGAAAGUACCUGUGGUCCGACGGGUGCAUGUACGAGGGGGAUUGGCGGAGAGGGAAGGCCUCGGGGAAAGGCAAAUUCUCGUGGCCCUCCGGGGCCACCUACGAGGGCGACUUCAAGUCUGGUCGUAUGGAGGGUUUUGGGACCUUCAUCGGAUCUGACGGCGACACCUACCGAGGGUCCUGGAGCUCCGAUCGGAAGCACGGGUACGGCCAUAAGCGCUACGCCAACGGCGACUACUACGACGGUUACUGGAAACGUAACCUCCAGGACGGGCAUGGCCGGUACGUUUGGAAGAACGGGAACGAGUACGUGGGAGAAUGGAAGAACGGCGUGAUUUCAGGCCGGGGCAUCCUGAUAUGGGCCAACGGGAACCGUUACGACGGGGAGUGGGACAACGGAGUUCCCAAUGGAAGUGGUGUUUUCACUUGGCCGGAUGGUAGCUGCUAUGUCGGUAGCUGCAACAAGGACCUCAAGAUUCAGCUACCGAAUGGGACAUACUUUCCCGGAAAUGGCAAAGAAGAAUGUUUGAAAAGCAAUGACGCUUCAUUCGAAGGUGAGAAUUUGAUGAUAACGAUGCGGAAGAGGUCGUCAGUGGACGGCUCCAGAGGAAGCUUGACGGAGCGGAGUUUUCCGAGGAUUUGUAUAUGGGAAUCCGAUGGAGAAGCUGGGGAUAUCACCUGUGAUAUUGUCGACAAUGUGGAGGCCUCGAUGUUUUAUUGGAACGGUACGGGGUUAGAUCGCGACGGGAUUCGGCAGUUUCAGCGGAGACCAUGUUGUUUCACUGGCGAGGCCAAAAAGCCUGGGGAGACGAUAUCCAAGGGCCAUAAGAAUUAUGAUUUAAUGCUUAAUCUUCAGCUGGGGAUUAGAUAUUCUAUCGGAAAGCAUGCGUCUAUAUUGCGUGAGCUUAAGCCGAGUGAUUUCGAUCCCAAGGAGAAGUUCUGGACUAGGUUUCCAACCGAGGGAUCGAAAAUUACGCCUCCCCACCAAUCAGUAGAGUUCCGGUGGAAAGAUUACUGCCCCAUUGUGUUCAGACAUUUGAGGGAGCUAUUCCAAGUGGAUCCUGCUGAUUACAUGAUGGCUAUUUGUGGGAACGAUGCCCUUAGGGAGCUUUCUUCUCCGGGGAAAAGUGGAAGCUUUUUUUACCUCACUCAGGAUGAUAGAUUUAUGAUAAAAACAGUGAAGAAGUGCGAGGUCAAGGUGCUUAUUCGGAUGCUUCCAAGUUACUACCAACAUGUUUAUCGGUAUGAAAAUUCCCUGGUGACAAAAUUCUUUGGGGUGCAUUGUGUCAAACCAAUUGGAGGCCAGAAGACCCGGUUCAUUGUCAUGGGAAAUUUAUUCUGCUCAGAGUAUCGCAUCCAUAGGCGAUUUGACCUUAAAGGAUCCUCUCACGGCCGCACAACAGAUAUGCCGGAGGGUGAGAUUGAUGAAACUACAACCCUCAAGGACCUUGAUCUUAAUUUUGUCUUUCGCCUUCAGCGAAAUUGGUUCCAAGAGCUCAUCAAACAAAUUGAUCGAGAUUGUGAGUUCUUGGAAGCAGAGAGAAUCAUGGACUACAGUCUUUUGGUUGGUCUUCAUUUCCGUGAUGACAAUACAUGUGACAAAAUGGGGUUAUCUCCAUUUGUUUUGCGCACUGGAAAGAAUGAUUCAUAUCAGAAUGAAAAGUUUAUGCGCGGAUGUCGCUUCCUUGAAGCAGAGUUACAAAAUAUGGAUCAAAUUUUAGCUGGCCGGAAGCCAUUGAUCAGAUUAGGAGCUAAUACGCCUGCAAGAGCAGAGCGGGUGGCCAGAAGGAGUGACUUUGAUCAGUAUGGUGGUAUAAGUCGCUUGACCCCUUCACGCAGUGGUGAGAUCUAUGAAGUAGUCCUUUACUUUGGGAUUAUAGACAUUUUACAGGACUAUGAUAUCAGCAAGAAGUUAGAGCAUGCCUACAAAUCCUUACAAGCCGAUCCUACUUCCAUUUCAGCGGUUGAUCCAAAGCUAUACUCAAAGAGGUUUCGGGAUUUCAUUGGAAGAACUUUCAUAGAAGACAGGUAGCACAAAGGCAGAUCAUCAGUAAAGAAAAAACCGGAAAUCCCUAACUGAAUCUGAACCCUUAAAGAGAAAAGGAUGGGAAUCAGGCAGAGCUCCCAUUGGAGCAAAUACUCUAUUUGAUUGGUCAGAGGCCCGACCUCUGCAAAACUGUGUAGUGGUGAUGAUCAGGGGAACCUCUGGGUGGCCGAUUCUGGGGGUUUCUAAUGGCUGGUUUUUGAAGAUACAGCCAUGGUUUAGAAAGUUUUGGAAGGGACAAGCACUUGUACAUACAAAAGGGGAGGGGAUUGGAUUUUGAUUUGCCUUUUGUUUUUCAGUUAAAAUUUUGUGGUAACCAAGGAAUGUGAAGAUUUGAAAGUUUGGUAUAGGGAACCGAGAAAAAUGUUGAUGAUCGGAGGGAAGAUUCAAAAUGGAAGGAGACUUGGAAUAAACUUUUUAAAGUGUACAGGAUUUAUAGAAAAGGAUGGAAUUGUUUAUGGAAUUCCAGUUUUCCAUAAUUAUUUUUUGUGUAAGAUGUAUUUAAAAAGAGAGAAAAAACACAAAGACAGAGAAAAGAGAACUGUUGUGGAAUCAUCUGCCAGUGAGGGACCCCAUCCCAUGGGAUUUCU